AUGGCGGAAGAGGCACUCGGUCAAAUCAGUUCAUACAGAGUGCCCAAAAUUCCCCCUUUCUGGGCAAAAGAUCUGGAAAUAUGGUUUGCUACCGUAGAAGCGUCUUUCCACAUAGCGAAAAUUACAGACGAUACAACUAAAUUUCACAUUAUAUUAGCGAAUGCAGAUACCGCGAUUCUUCCCCAUAUCAAAGAUUUAAUUUUGAAUCCCCCUGCGAGCGGAAAAUACGAUACUUUAAAAGAACGCGUACUAAAUGUUUUUUCAAUUUCUCAAGGCGCUAAACUACGUCAGCUACUGAAAGGACAGGUUCUCGGCGAGAAAAAGCCAUCUCAUUUACUACAAGAACUUAAUUUAGCCGAGGACAACGCCACCGAUAGUAUUAUUAAAACAUUGUUUAUCGAGCAGCUUCCAGAGAGUUAUCGUACUAUUUUAGCAACGAUCGAAGAGCCCGACCUCAGUAAACUCGCUUCCAUAGCGGAUAGAAUUGCAGAAUCAGUGUCAUCAAACAACGCACUAGCUCCUGUAACCAGAUCAAAAGCAGAAGAUUUGGCAAGUGAUCACACUCCUCAAGCUAGUCCCAUUAAUAAGCCGUCCAAACAGUCACUUUUAGAACAGCUAGUUCAAGGCAUGAACACUCUGCUUUGUGAAAGAAGAUCACGCUCACGGUCUAGUUCACCGGGUAACUCACGUCAUUCAAUGAGAAGACGUAACCGCUUUCGUAGCAUGGACAGAAAAUGUUUCUAUCAUCGCAAAUUUGGUAGUAAAGCAUAUCGAUGUCAACAGCCGUGUAAUUGGAUCGAUGAAAAGGCAACCCAGGAAAACUAA